CUCUCUUGAAGAAGACAUGGCGGCCACUCAAACGACAAAUCCAUCGCAGCUGCUCCCGCUGGAGCUUGUGGACAAAUGUAUCGGCUCUCGAAUUCACAUCGUCAUGAAGACCGACAAAGAAAUAGUCGGGACCCUGCUGGGGUUCGAUGAUUUUGUCAACAUGGUGCUGGAGGACGUGACGGAGUUUGAACUCACCCCAGAGGGACGAAGGAUAACCAAACUGGACCAGAUCCUCCUCAACGGGAACAACAUCACCAUGCUCAUCCCUGGUGGAGAAGGGCCAGAAGUGUGACCCCCCCCACCACCACCUCCAGAUUUUUGCUGGUUCUCUUUGUUUUCUUAAAUUUUUGAAACUGUAAAAUAUUUUUUGUAUUCUUUGUUCGUUGUUUGGUAAAAUGAAAGA